AUGUUAAAAUUAUUCAAAAUUUUUGUGACUUUUGUGUCAUUGAUUAAGUUUUUGACCGCAGACUUCCCACCAGCAUGCCUUAACAUGCUUGACAAAAAUUUAUUCUUGUUCGAAUGCUGUGAAUAUCCAGUCAUACCUAGAGUCAAGUCAAUUUAUUAUAAAUGUUUAGGAGAUUGCAGUCCAUUCGACUAUUGUUGCUUCCAAGAAUGCAGUGCCAAGGAAACUGGAUCAUUUGUUAAUGGAACUUUGGAUGUGGAAAAGACAAAAGAAAUUUUCGUUCUUCAGAAAGGUCACCGGAAGUACUCAAAUUUGACAGAGGAUUGGGUGAAGAUUGUGAAUGAUUCGGUUGAUAAAUGCAGCGAUGUUCCAUCAUCACCAGACAAAAAAGCAUGCGAGACGGUCUACGAGUCCAUGGCCUGUAUCUUUAAAGAAAAUUUUCUCAAUUGUCCAAACAUGACAAACAAAACUGAGUGCCAGGAAGUCAAAAAUGACAUGGAUGAAUGCUCAAAAAGUAAAGGAUCUUGGAAGUUUAUCACAGAUGCCUUCAACACAGUCAAGCCAAGGACAUAUGCAAAAAGAUAUGCUGAAAGUUUUAAUCAGACUCAAUAA